AUGGAAUCAAGUGGUCGACAAGAACAACAGCAUUCACAUGAGGAUGUCGAUCACACUCAACAACAACAACAACAACAACAACAACAACAACAACAACAAGAAUCAUCUACCAUCAAUGGUGAUUCAGUUGACCACAAUGUUGUAGUAGGCGAUGAAACUGAUAAUAAAUCAUCAGAAACAGUGAAAGAAAUCAAUGAGGAAAAAGAAAAGCUAAAUACAAUGGCUGCAGUGACAACUAAAUCCACUACGACAACAGCAGUAGCACCAAAGAAAACAGCUAGUAGUGUAAGUGCACCAACAAAGAGUGUUUUGGUAAAACAAAAUUCAGCGAAAUCAUUGAAUGGUAGCACAACCAGUACACUUUCCAGCACAACCGCUCCAAAGAGAGCAAGUCUGUCUGCUUUGUCAUCGACAAGAUCAUCAUCCAGUUCGUCAACAACAACCACCACCACCGCCACUACCACAACAACUGGUUCCACCACACCAAGAAAAUCGAUAUUCAGUAGUGCACCAUCAACUCCCAGUCCAAGUAAAUCGACAACAACAACAACAUCUUCUUCAUUAACAUCAAAAUCAACAACAUCAUCGCCAUCAGUUGUCAAAACAACUAGUAAAUCAACACCUACUACACCAAAUGGUACAACGACUCGUAGUUCAACAUUGACUUCGACUCCAACUCGUACAAGCAGCACAUUUGGAGGAUCACCAUUGAGAACCACUGGAGCAUUGUCAUCGCCACAACGCGCCACUCUUCCAAAAUCAUUUGCGCCAACUACAUCGUUAUCGCCCUCCACACCUAAAACACCCACCCGUUCCGUGUCAAGCUCGUCACUGCCCAAGCCAGGCAGUUCAUCGUCAUCUAAUGAACCAACUAAAUCACAGAGUUCCUACUUGCCACGUACAAACAACACCAGCAAUCCAUCCACCCCGACCACCACAAGAACACCGGUAAGCUCACCUUCCACUGCAUCUCCUGGUCAAAAGAAAGAUCUUCUCGAUUUUUGGAAGCAAAAAGAGAUUGAAGGUUCGCCAAAGGGUGGUUCACCAGCUUCGCCAAGAGUACGUUCUUCGCCACUUACCUCGUCCAGCCGAACUCCAACCUCGACAAAGUCAACUGGCACUCCACCUGCUUCGCCACUUCCAAAGAUUGGACAAUCACUCUCCGCAGCUGCAUCUGAAACAACAACCACCACCACAACAACAACUUCCAAUGGCUCGUCAGCAACCAAAAAGUCCACUACAACUCCUUCACCAAGUGUCUCACCAAUGAGUGCACGAAAAAAGACAACAACUGGUACCACUUCGACCACUACUACCUCCUCUACCAGUAGACCAUCCUCUUCAAACAGUAGUUCAAGACUCACAAACAGCACUAGCAGUUCAACUUCCAAAUCACCAUCACCAUCCAGCACAACACCUAGAUCGGCAUCACCAAGAACAUCAGCCUCACCAACACCAAGAGAUAGAAAACCACCUACAACACUCACCAAGAGAUCGUCUUCCACUGCACUACUCUCAAAUCUUCCAAACAAAAACAAAUCCACUACAAACUCUGCACAAUCAUCACCAUCGCAAUCACCUAAACCAGUUUCUCCAAUACCACCCGUUUCUACACCACCUGCCGUUGAACCAUCACAUGUUGAACCAGAGGUUGAAGUCGUUACCGCCCCAGUCAACCACUCAGAGAACCACAUAGUUAAAGAUCAAGUCGUAGAUGAAGUAGCAAUACAACCAGCAGAGCAAGUUAAAUCAUUGCAAGACGAGAUUAUCGAAGCAACAAAAGCAGAGGAACUGGUCGUUAUCAACACACCAACUGAACUAGUUGUCGUUGAACAACAAGAGGAAGAACCAUCACAACAACAACAACAACAACAACAACAACAACAACAACAACAACAACAACAACAACAACAACAACAACAACAAGAAACAACAGUAGUUUUCGAAUCAACUCAACAACAACCAGUUGACGAUUCAGUAAGAGAGAAGCAAGAAAUCAACCAAGAUCAACAAUCACAACAACAAAACGAUACUCAAGAGUCAUCGGAAAGAGCAAAGGAAACUACCUCUAUUCAAUUAAAUAAUGAGGAGAGAGAUGAUGAAGAUGAUGACAAAGAGAAUCAUAAAAAGAUUGAACAGAUCAAAAAAGAAGAUGAUGUAGAUCAAGUCGUCGAGAAAGUAGAAGAAUCAGAGGUUGAGCAAGUUAAACAAGAGGAUGUUAAAGUUGAAGAGCCGUCAGUUGUUAUUACACCAAUCAAAGAGGUAGCAGUUGAAGAAGAGAAACCAAAGGUAGUUGAAGCUGAACCAACAGUCGAGAUUAAACCAGCUGCAGCAACAGCAGUCGAAGAGGUUGUUGUUGCGCCACCUGUUGCCGUCGCUCUACAGCAAACACUAGAAGUACAACCAACACCAGCCGUUGAAACCAAAGAAAACAACAGUGAAAGCAACAACUCUGCAGAAGUAAUCGCCACCACCGAAGAGAAAUCCACUACACCAACCAAAAAGUUUAUUCCACCACCACUGAUCACCUCUGUUUCCUCACCUUCGUUGCAAUUGCCAAACAAAGACACAGCAAGCGAAGAUGAAAAUCCUGGAUCGAAAUCUUUCACACCACUUUCAGUAUCUAAUGAUCAACCAAGAUCGCUACACUCAUCACUUCUCCUUCAAUCCACAACACAACCAGCAGCCACCACUACCACACCAACACCAACACCAACACCAUCUAUAUCCAAACCAGCAAUUCCAAAGAUAAAUAUAGUCAACGACACCAAGUCUAUAUGGAAUAGAGCUUUUCCUACACUCCCGGUCGGUGUAGAUCUGCCACGUUUAGCCAAUUGUAUUUCUAUUUUUUCUUCUGACAAUGUAGACCUUGCGAAAAGCGCCACCUCCAACAAGACAGUUUUCGAUAUUCUUUGCGCACUCCAAACAUUCUUUAACCCAGAGUUUGUUGCUGACGCUCCAUUUAAAGAGAAAUAUAAUAGUUUUGAGAGAAAUGAUGACGGUACUUUUAUACCAAAAGUACUUAUAGAAUAUCUUGCUGCUGAAUAUCCAGAGAAAAUAUUAAAUUUACUUAAAGUUUGUACACAAUCAAUUAUUGCACCAUCCGUGAUUGAUUGUAGAAUGAAUAUUUGUAUGAUGAAGUUGAUCUUUAAGGAUGCAGGUGGAUCCAGUGGUUGGUCCAUUAAGAUUAGAAGAGAGGGAGACAAUAUUAUCGUUGCUCACAGUAAGAAGCAACAACAUUUCGAUAUCAGAAAAGAAGAAGAGUACUACGAAUUCACAUGGGAAUUGGAAAUGGUAUUCAAUCAAGAUGUCACCGAGAUGAAAAAUGUAUCAUUAUCCAUCUUAGAAUUGAAUUUCGGUGAAAAAACAAAACCAGAAAAGAAAGAAGAAUACAGAAAUAUAUUUGAAAAGCAUUUCAAAUCAAAUAAACCAAUAGAAACAAACAAUUAA